AUGGACAACCCACCGCCAUUACAAAAAAUCGCAAUCUCCGGCGCAACCCUAUCCUCUCUAAUCCACCGCUUCUCCACCGCCACCUCCACUUCCUCAAUCGACGGCCUCCUCUUCGGCAACCUCACCUACGUCACCUCUCUCAAUCUCUCCGACGACUCCUCCGAAACUUCCCAAACCCUCCUCGCAACCGUCACUAGUUUCCUCACCUCCUCUUCCUUCCACGACACCUCCGGUAAAAUCAACACCUCCUCCCUCCGUCGCCUCAUCCCUAACUCCACUUCCCUCCUCGGUUGGUUCUCCGGUCGCCGCCGUACUCCCCUCCGUCCCUCCCUCCGCGAAUUCUCGAUCACUUCCUCUCUGUCAUCUCUCUUCGAACUCUCUUCCACCAAACCCUCUCCCAAUUCCAAUUCCUCUUCAUCUUCCCCCAAUUUCAACCCUUGCUUGUUCUUUCUCCUCGCUUCCCCGAUUUCGGAUCAAACCUCUCACAUUCACACUCACGAUUACCGCGCUUACCAGUUCUUAACCGGAACAAAUUCAUUCAACCCGGUUUCAAUCGAUAUUAUCAACAUCGGUCCGGCUUUUCGCGACCAUUAUGGAUCUUUUAUCCCUAAUUCGCCAUUUCCUACUCUUGAUUGUCAGCUCAGUUACUCGCCGAUGAUUCGCGAUGACGAUGAUGAGCGGCUGAGUAAGAUGAAACAGGCUUCUAAAGAUCAGAUGGAGUUGGAUGCUUGUGUUGAGGGGCUUGAGGUUGGUAGGUUGAGUAAAUUGAUGGGCUCUGAGGCUAAGAAUUAUACACAGAGUUUGGAAGAUUUGUACCUUAAAAUGCUUGUCAAGAUUGAGAAUUUGACUACCUUGGUUGAGCAGAGUUCGGCUAGGGUUCUUGAGCAGGAAUUUGUUAUGUUGUUAUCAACAGAAGGAGAGGGAAGAGAAGCACACCUUUGCAUGCCUAUUAAUGCCAAUCAAUAUGAUGAAAAGUCUCAAAUAGUUGCUUUGGAGACUAUCUGA